CUCCGGCGGAGCGGGGUAUGCGGCGCUUUGGAACGCGCCGCUGCCGAGGCGGCGGUACCGGGGAGCGGGCGGCAACCCACGCCCUUCAGUGCCCCGCGCCGUCCCGGUUCUUCCCUUUUCAGCUCUCACGUGAGGCGAUCGUCUGUGGACUCCCCGCCCAGCGCCCACCGCGUCGCUGCGGCCGCCCCUGGGGGCCAUCUUGGGUGUGGCGGAGCGGGUCCAUGAGGGGGGGAGAGCUGUGAGCGAGGGGACAGGGCGGGCUGGGCGCCGGGGUGGUUUGAUUUGGAUAAAAAGCGUGGUUUAAAGCAACGCAGGUCAGCUGGGGAAGGGGCGCUUUGUCACUGUCACAGUGGAGGGGUAGCGACCGGGGAGCGCUGAGGGCAGGGAGCACCUCCAGCCUGAGGGCGAAGUCCAGGUCGCGCUCCUGCCCCGACCCUGGAAGCCCGCGGUGCGGUACCGGGAGCCGUGAGGGGCUCGGCCGUGAGGGCCUCGGGCGGCACCGGGAGCCGUGAGGGGUUCGGCCGGCACCGGGGGCCGUGAGGGGCUCGGGCGGCACCGGGAGCCGUGAGGGGCUCGGGCGGCACCGGGAGCCGUGAGGGGCUCAGCUUGGUGGGUGUUGUUCCGCCUGUGCCAAGGUGACAGCCAUCCCCUCAUGGCCGCGGCGGGCGGGCCCGGGCCCACCUGUGUGCUGGGCAUUGACCUGGGCACGACGUCGGUGAAGGCAGCGCUGGUGACAGGGACAGAGCGAGGGCUGUCGCUGGCACAGAGCUGCUCCAGGGAGACUCAGGCACACAGCGAUAGCCCGGGAGCUGCGCCGCAGGGAAUGGAGCAGGAUGUCCAGAAAAUCCUAAGAGCACUGAAUGAAUGCCUUGCUGCUCUGCCUCAGCAGCAGCUUCAGCAAGUCACCCACAUUGGGAUUUCUGGACAAAUGCAUGGGGUUGUGUUUUGGAAAAGUGAUAAAGGGUGCAAGUGGUCAGAGAGUGGCCCAGGCCCUGCCUUUGAGGCAGACAAGGUCAGCCACCUGGUCACCUGGCAGGAUGGGCGCUGCAGCCCCACCUUCCUCACCUCUCUUCCUCUGCCUCAGUCACACGUGAGCCUGGCUACAGGAUUUGGAUGUGCCACAGUCUUCUGGUAUUCAAAGAACAGUCCAGAUUUUCUGAAGGCUUAUGAUGCAGCUGGCACCAUCCAGGACUAUGUGGUUGCCAUGCUGUGUGACCUGAAGAAGCCACUGAUGUCUGUCCAGAAUGCUGCCAGCUGGGGAUAUUUUAACUGCAGAAACAAGAGCUGGAAUACUGACAUACUGAAAAAAUCUGGCUUUCCUGUGCACUUGCUUCCAGAGGUGGGAGACCCUGGCAGUAUUGCAGGCAGGACAACCUGUGCAUGGCAUGGAAUACCCAAAGGAGCAAAAGUGGGAAUUGCUCUGGGAGAUUUCCAGUGCUCUGUUUAUUCCUGUCUGACUGAGAGGACUGAUGCAGUUCUUAAUAUCAGCACCUCUGCUCAGCUGACCAUCUCAAUGCCCCUGGGUUUCCAGCCUCCAGAGGCACCAGAUCCUUCCUCAGCUGUCACUUAUUUUCCCUACUUCAAUGGUGACUACUUGGCAGUGGCAGCAUCACUCAAUGGAGGGAAUGUGCUUGCAACAUUUGUGGGAAUGGUGGCACAGUGGGCACAAGAGCUGGGUAAGUCAUGUCAAGGAGAGUUGAAGCACAAAGCUGGGGUUGAUCAUCAAGGUAAAAGGAAGCUGAAGCAAAGGGACAAGCCUGGAGCUGUUCCAUCAUGCCAUAAAGGGAACAAGGAUGGAAUUCCUGGGUCAUGCUUCCCAGAUCUCUGGAAUUUCCUGCUGAAGCUUUUGAACAUGCUGGGACAGUCAUGCUUGGACUCCACAUUCAUAUUCCCUCUAGGCCUUCUUUUGUUUCAAGCACAGAGCUAUUUUGUGCCAGUUGAUUUUCAAAAGGCAAUGUUGGCAGAUUUGAGGACAGCAGCCUGUAAUUUUGUGUGA